GAUUUAGGAACACAAUCUCCUCAACCCCCCCGCGGAUGUUUGAAGGUCCACGGAUGACAACACUACACAUGUGCUUCUCUACUAUCACAAAAAACACUUGAUCCACUGAGAGACGUCGCGGACAUUAACAGUGGAAAGGUUCGUUUGGGUUAGUUGUGCACGUGCGUGUUUGAUCCACAGCGUCGUAACACAGAGUGAUUUGAAACGGAGAAACCGCGCGGGAACAAACACUCCGAAAUGCGCGAGGACUAAAACUUCACAGCAAAGAAAGAGACAGAGAAGAUGUGUCUAUAAUAAAAGCCCUCAUCCAUCUUAACAGGUAAUUGAUUAUAAUCGUCCGUUAGCUCCUGUGAGCUGAUUGGCUCCCGCAGUGAUGGAUCUGAAGGACAGACGGCAGCGCUCUUUGACACAGGGACAGCGCAGAAAGGAUCUGCAGUAUGCUACAUCCUCUUUGGACGGUGAAAACUGUCAUGUAGUGUCACAGAGAUCCUACAGCUCCAGCAAGACGCUAAAGGCCUAUCAGCAGGAUGGACGUCUGCACUAUGGAGGAUGUGUCGCAGAGAUGGUACAUCAGGAAACAGAGCAAUACGUCAGACAAGGGAGCUUCACAUUGGCUGAUCUGGGCAUGUGUGAACCCACCUCGACAUCCACCGCGUAUCGCUCCGAUAUAAGCCUGCUCCAGGAUCCAUACGCUCUAAACGCCGGGUCGGAUGAGGACUCUGACCCCGAGGGUGUCAUGACCCCGGAGCGUGCCGUCCAGCUGUGGAGCGGACAGCCUUUGAAGUCCCGCCGCAGCUCCUGUCUCUCCAGUCCCGACCAUUCGGUUCUCACCCUCACCGAUUCUGAGAACGAGCACAAGACUGAUGACGAAUCAGGUGCAUCCAGUCAUCACAGUCAGUCCUCGCUUCGACCUCCCUUGCCUCCCCCACACAACCACCACCAGUCAUCGGCUAAUUCUCUCAACCGAAGCACCCAGGCCAGCCGCAGGAACCCCCAGUGCCACGCACCCGCCGCGGCCCCGGUGGAUGGACCCUCCACACCCGAAUCGGUCCAACUUCAGGACAGUUGGGCUCUCAACAGCAGUGUUCCACUUGAAACACGGCAUUUUCUUUUUAAGACCCCAUCUGGGAGCACUCCUCUGUUCAGCAGCUCUUCACCUGGUUAUCCCCUGACUGGUGGUACCGUCUACUCCCCCCCACCCCGGCUCCUGCCCAGAAACACCUUCUCAAGAAGCUCCUUCAAGCUAAAGAAGCCCUCCAAGUACUGCAGCUGGAAAUGUGCUGCCGUGUCUGCUAUCGCUGCCGCUGUGCUGCUGGCCGUCUUGCUGUCUUAUGUCAUAGCUCUUAAUCUGCUCGGCUUGAAUUGGCGGCUGAAACCCGCUGAAGGGCAUCUAGUGAGCACUGGCCUCAGCAUGAGUAUUCCUGGCAUAGGUGACGUGGCAACGGCGCCCUCCGGAGGCAGAGGCUCCGUCUCAGGGCCGUGGGUGUUGAAGAACAGCAGUAUAAACAGCGGGGAGCUGGUGCUGGGUCAGCGUAUCAGUCAGGAUGUUCCUCCGGGCGUCUUCUGGAGGUCUUUACUUCAUCUGCGCCAGCCACACUUUCUCAAGUUCAACAUCUCCCUGGGCAAGGACGCGCUGUUUGGGGUCUACAUGCGGAAAGGCUUGCCUCCUUCACAUGCUCAGUAUGACUACAUGGAGAGGCUGGAUGGAAAGGAGAAGUGGAGCGUGAUCGAGUCUCCUCGAGAGCGCCGUAGUAUUCAGACAGUCGUGCAGAAUGAGGCCAUCUUUGUGCAGUAUUUGGACCCCGGCACCUGGCAUCUGGCUUUCUACAACGAUGGCAAAGAGAAGGAGCCCGUCUCAUUCAGCACUGUGGCACUAAACUCGGUUGAAGAGUGUCCUCAGAAUUGCCAUGGCAACGGAGAGUGCAUGUCAGGAGCGUGUCAUUGCUUCCCAGGGUUCCACGGCACGGACUGCUCCAAAGUGGCUUGUCCCGUGCUGUGCAGCGGGAACGGGCAGUACAGCAAGGGGGUGUGCAUGUGCUACAGCGGUUGGAAAGGGCUGGAGUGUGACGUGGCGCAGGGGCAAUGCAUCGACCCCAGCUGCGGCGGUCACGGGACCUGCACCCAGGGCAGCUGUGCUUGUGAAGCAGGUUACCGCGGUGAAUCCUGCGAGGAAGUGGAUUGCAUAGACCCUAGAUGCUCUGGACACGGCAGCUGUGUGUCGGGUCAGUGUCACUGUAAGCCGGGCUGGUCGGGGCCUCUGUGUGAUGUGUCCAGAGCCCAGUGCCCAGAUCAGUGCAAUGGCCACGGAGCCUACAGCCCUGACACAGGCCUCUGCAACUGUGAACCCAACUGGAUGGGUCCUGACUGCUCCACGGAGGUAUGUUCAUCAGAUUGUGGAAGUCACGGUUUGUGUGUUGGAGGUGUUUGCCACUGUGAGGAGGGCUGGACAGGCCCAAGCUGUGACCAAAGACUGUGUAGCCCACAGUGUGUAAAACACGGGACCUGCAGAGACGGCAAGUGCCAGUGUGAGCAGGGUUGGAACGGAGAACACUGCACCAUCGAUGGCUGUCCAGGGCUGUGCAAUGGGAAUGGGCAAUGCAUCAUGGGUCAGAACAGCUGGCACUGUGAGUGUCACACUGGUUGGAGAGGUCCGGGUUGCAAUGUUGCCAUGGAGACCUCCUGCAAUGACAAUAAAGACAAUGAAGGAGAUGGUCUGGUUGACUGCAUGGAUCCGGACUGCUGCACGCAGAGCUCCUGUCUGACCAAUCCUCUGUGCCGUGGAUCACGUGACCCAAUCCAGGUCAUUCAACAGAGCCAAUCUGAGGUCCAAAAAGUCCCUUCCUUCUAUGACAGAAUUAAGAUGCUUGUGGGUAAAGACAGCACUCACAUCAUUCCAGGAAUCAACCCUUUCAAUGCCAGCCUGGCAUCACUGAUUCGAGGUCAGGUUUUGACAUCCGAUGGGACUCCUUUGGUAGGCGUCAACAUUACGUUUGUGAAGUUCCCUCAUUAUGGUUACACCAUGACCCGGCAAGAUGGCACAUUUGAUCUGGUAGCCAAUGGUGGAGGCUCUCUGACUCUGAGGUUCGAGCGUGCUCCGUUUCGGAGUCAGGACCGCACUGUGUGGCUUCCUUGGAAUCGCUUUUAUGCCAUGGACACUGUGGUGCUCCAAACGGAAGAGAAGAUAAUGGGCAGCUGUGAUCUGAGUGGUUUCGUCAGGCCGGAUCCAGUCGUACUACCCUCCCCACUGUCGUCCUUUUUCAGCUCCAACCCUUCAGAAAGACAUAUUCUGCCAGAGAGUCAGGCCCUUCACGAGCAGAUUGAGAUUCCCGGCACCAGUCUCAAACUGUGCUAUCUGAGCUCCAGGACCUCAGGCUACCUCUCGAUCCUCAGAGUCAUCAUGACCCCAGCAGUAGUACCUCUCAACCUGGCCAAAGUGCAUCUGAUGGUGGCCGUGGAGGGACAUCUUCUCCAGAAGUGGUUCCACGCGUCCCCUAACCUCGCAUACACCUACAUCUGGGAUAAGACUGAUGCCUACAGACAGAGGGUCUAUGGCCUAACCGAGGCUUUAGUUUCUGUGGGAUACGAGUACGAAACCUGUCCUAGUCAGGUCCUGUGGGAAAAGAGAACGGCUGUGUUGCAGGGGUACGAGCUUAACCCAUCAAACUUGGGCGGUUGGUCUCUAGACAAACACCACAUGCUGAAUGUUCGCAGCGGCAUCCUACACAAGGGCAGUGGGGAAAACGUCUUCCUGUCCCAGCAGCAGCCCCCCAUCAUCAAUAGCAUUAUGGGUAACGGACGAAGACGCAGCAUCUCUUGCCCAAGCUGCAGCGGGAUGGCAGAAGGCAACAAACUGUUGGCACCAGUGGCACUAGCUUGUGACGGAGAGGGCAACCUGUACGUGGGUGACCUUAACUUUGUGAGGAGGGUCUAUCCGUCCCUCAAUACGACAGCUGUACUGGAGCUCAGGAAUAAAGAUCUGAGACACAGCAACAGUCCAAGCCAUAAGUACUACCUGGCGGUGGAUCCAGUGUCAGGUACUUUGUUCCUGUCAGACACGAACUCUCGGCAGAUCUACCGGGUGCAUGCUCUGAACGGGGCACGGCCACUGCUGGAUAACGCUGAGGUGGUUGUGGGCACGGGCGAGCAGUGUGUCCCAUUUGAUGAGGCUCGCUGUGGUGAUGGGGGCAAGGCUUUGGAGGCCACACUAAUGAGCCCAAGAGGUAUCGCAGUAGAUAAGAACGGCUUAAUGUAUUUCGUGGAUGCCACCAUGAUUCGAAAAGUGGAUCAGAAUGGCAUUAUUUCCACUUUGAUAAAGACCAAUGACCUGACUGCAGUCAGACCCCUCAGCUGUGACUCCAGCAUGGACGUCAGCCAGGUUCGUCUGGAGUGGCCUACAGACCUGGCCAUCAAUCCUCUGGACAACUCUCUUUACGUACUGGAGAACAACGUCAUCCUGCGUAUCUCUGAGAACCACCAAGUCAGCAUAAUCGCAGGGCGGCCCAUGCACUGCCAGGUCCCUGGCAUUGAUUACUCGCUUAGCAAGCUCGCCAUCCAUUCUGCUUUAGAGAGCGCAACAGCCAUAGCCAUCUCCCACACAGGUGUGCUCUACAUCGCCGAAACUGACGAGAAACGCAUCAACCGCAUUCGCCAAGUUAGCACCAACGGCGAAAUCUCCCUGCUAGCCGGCGCAGCCUCUGAAUGCGACUGCAAGAACGACGUCAACUGCAACUGUUUCUCAGGAGACGAGGGCUAUGCCGCGGACGCUGGCCUUAACUGUCCCGCUUCGUUGGCGGUGUCGCCGGACGGCACCCUGUACAUCGCCGACCUGAACAACAUCCGCGUACGUUCGGUUCGUGACAACCGCCCUAACGCCACGGCGAGCGGACAGAACGAAGUGGGCUCGUCUUUGGAGCAGGAGCUGUACGUGUUCAGUCCAGAAGGUCUUCACAAGCAGACGAUCAGUCUCAUUACAGGCUUGCCCCUGUAUAAUUUCACUUACGGGCUGGAUGGAGAGUUGGCCUCGGUUACGGAUGCCUCGAAUAAUACACUUCGGGUGAGAAGGGAAGCCUCUGGGUCUAUCAGGCUCGUGCUGUUGCCAGAGAACCAGGUGGUUACACUUGGAAUGGAUCCAGCUGGAAGUCUGCGCUCGGUGUCCGCCCUCAGCCAGGAAGUGGCACAGCUCGGUUAUGCCGCUAACACAGAACUUUUGGUUUCUAAGUCGGAUGAAACUGGAUGGACAAACUUUUACGACUAUGACGGCGAAGGUCGUCUAACCAACGUGACGUACCCCACUGGUGUAGUAACCAGUUUGCAUCGUGAGAUGGAGGAGUCCAUUAACAUUGACAUGGAGAGCUCAAACCGAGAUGAUGAGGUCACUGUCAUCACAAAUCUUUCUUCUGUAGAGGCCUCAUACACCGUGGUUCAAGACCAAGUGCGAAAUAGCUAUCAGCUGUACCACAAUGGCACACUGCGAGUAUCCUAUGCCAAUGGAAUGGGCAUGAGCUUCCACACAGAGCCACAUAUCCUCGCGGGGUCAGUGAGCCCUACCAUCGGGAGACGUAACAUCACGCUACCCACCGACAGCGGCCUCAACUCAAUCGAGUGGCGUAUGAGAAAAGAGCUGACGAAGGGCAAGGUCACAGUGUUUGGCAGGAAGUUGCGCGCCCACGGCAGGAAUCUGCUAUCUAUCGACUAUGACCGGAACACCAGAACAGAGAAGAUCUAUGAUGACCACCGAAAGUUCACUUUACGCAUCAUCUAUGACGCCCAGGGCCGGCCAGCCACUUGGCUUCCCAGCAGUAGCUUGGCCCUGGUCAAUGUGUCUUAUUCGUCCACAGGCCGGCUGGUGGGGCUGCAGAGGGGCAGCAUGAGUGAGAAAAGCGAGUUUGACACCUUUGGACGGAUCUUGUCUCGUACAUUCGUCGAUGGAAAAGUUUGGAGCUUCAGCUACCUAGAUAAGUCUAUGGUGUUGCUCCUGCAACAGAGUCAGAAACAGUACGUUUUCGAUUAUGACACAGCAGGCCGGCUCACAGCGGUCACUAUGCCGAGCAUGGCCAGACACACUAUGUCCACCCACGUGUCUGUCGGUUACAUUCGCAACACCUACAACCCUCCUGAAAGCAACGCCACAGUGAUCCACGACUUCAGCGAAGAUGGGCGUCCACGCGCUACGUUCUACCUCGGAACCGGCCGUCGUGUGCUCUACAAGUACGGGAAGCUGGGAAAGCUCUCGGAGGUCCUGUACGAUGCCACCGCGGUCACCUUCGGCUACGAUGAGACUACCGGUGUGCUCAAGAUGGUCAACCUGCAGAGCGGAGGCUUCUCCUGCACCAUUCGCUAUCGCAAGCUGGGUCCCCUAGUGGACAAACAGAUGUAUCGCUUCUCAGAAGAGGGUAUGGUCAACGCUCGAUUCGACUAUACCUAUCAUGACAACAGCUUUAGGGUGGCCAGCAUAAAGCCUGUGAUUGGAGAGACCCCACUUCCUGUGGACCUCUACCGUUACGAUGAGAUAUCCGGUAAGGUCGAACACUUUGGCAAGUUUGGCAUCAUAUACUACGACAUCAACCAAAUCAUCACUACAGCCGUGAUGACGCUCAGUAAGCAUUUCGAUGCGCACGGUCGCAUCAAAGAGGUGCAGUAUGAGAUCUUCCGCUCUUUGAUGUAUUGGAUGACAGUGCAGUACGACAGCAUGGGUCGCGUUAUCAAGCGCGAACUGAAGAUCGGCCCCUACGCUAAUACCACGCAGUAUCGUUACGAAUACGAUGGUGACGGCCAGCUAGUUGGCGUCAAAGUUGACGACUGGUCUACUUGGCGCUAUAGCUAUGACCUGAAUGGCAAUCUACACCUGCUAAACCCGGGUAACAGUGCCCGACUGCUUCCGCUACGCUACGAUCUUCGAGACCGACUCACGCGACUCGGCGACAUGCAGUAUCAGCUCGACGAAGACGGCAUGCUUGCGCAAAGGGGCUCGGAUAUAUUCGAGUACAACUCAAAGGGGCUUUUGGAAAGAGCCUACAGUCGCACGUCAGGGGGCUGGAGCGUCCGUUACCGCUACGACGGCCUGGGCCGCCGCGUGUCCCGAAGAUCCGGCGAUGGAGAGCAUCAGCAGUACUUCUACGCUGAUCUGAACUACCCCACUCGGGUCACCCACGUCUACAACCACUCCAAGGCCGAAAUAACCUCUUUCUAUUACGACCUACAGGGCCAUCUGUUUGCUAUGGAAGUCACAGGUGGAGAGGAAUACUACAUCGCCUCGGACAACGUAGGCACUCCGCUGGCCAUCUUCAGCAGUAACGGACAGAUGGUCAAGCAGCUGCAGUACACGGCGUACGGCGAGAUCUACCAUGACUCCAACCCGGAUUUCCAGCUCAUAUUGGGCUUUCACGGAGGUCUUUAUGAUCCUCUCACCAAACUGGUCCACUUUGCCCAGAGAGACUACGACGUGCUGGCAGGAAGAUGGACUGCACCCGAUCAUACGUUGUGGACGAAGAUAGGCAAAGAGCCGGCACCAUUCAACUUAUACAUGUUCAAGAACAAUAAUCCACUCAGUGAUAUGAUUGAUGUCAAGAAUUAUGUGACAGAUGUGAAGAGUUGGCUGGUCAUGUUUGGCUUUCAGCUCAACAACAUCAUACCUGGGUUUCCUAGGCACUCGCUUUAUUUCGUUGACCCUCCUUAUGAGAUACUCGCCAGCCAGGACUCAGAUAAUGCUCAGCUUUUCACAGGAGUCCAGCAUUCAGUGGAAAGACACAACCAGGCAUUCAUGGUCCUCGAGGGCAGGCUGCUCAAUAAACAGCGACGCACCAAGCGCGACAAGCCCGGAUUCUGGUUUGGUACCAGCACACCCAUCGUGGGAAAGGGCAUGAUGUUUGCCAUCAGGGACGGGCACGUGUUAACAGACUUAUCUAGCGUAGCUAGCGAAGACAGCCGCAAAAUUUCGCAGAUUCUCAGCAACGCCAUAUACCUGGAGGGAUCGCACUACACCAUCGAUGGACGUGACUGCCAUUUUUUUGUGAAGCUCGGAUUAGCCGAUGGCGAUCUGUUGGCCCUCGGUCUCAGCGCCGGCCACAAGACGCUAGAGAACGGAAUCAACGUGACCGUCAGCGGGCGCUCACGACGCGGUCUCACGCUAGAAAUUCACUCCUUCAAACUAACAUACAGCGUUCGAUACGGCCUGUCGGCGGAGGUUCUGGAAAAGGAGAGAAGCCGUGUGCUGGAGCAGGCCCACCAGAGGGCGCUGUCCGGAGCCUGGGCCAGGGAGCAGCAGCAAGCACGUGAAGGCAGAGAAGGAGGUCGCGUAUGGGCUGAAAAUGAGAAGCAACAGUUGUUAGCCGUGGGGAAGGUGCCAGGCUACGAAGGCUAUUACGUUCUGCCGGUGGAGCAAUAUCCUGAACUGGCUGACAGCAGCACUAACAUCCAGUUUCUCAAACAGAAUGAGAUGGGCAAGAGGUAACAGAGUCGAACCGUUGCCGAUGCCACACCAUCUCCUACGGAGAGAACCAAUGUAUAGAGCGCUGGUGAGACGUUUCCAUCCAAAUGGAGAAAUUACAGCCAGCAGCAAAACAUUAUACCCAAAUAAAAAAGCACUUGUAAGUCCUUGUGACACAAGGCAAACGUUUUUGUAGUGACGUUUUGACUUUAUAGAAAUGGGUACAUCUUUUUUAGUCAUUUCAAACUGAAUCUAACGAUAAUGUGACUGCUUUUCACUGGGGGUUUUUCUGCGUAUGAAAAUUGACAUCACAAAUAGCAGACCGCUCAGGCUACUGAAGAAAAAACCAACAGUAAAAUAUCCAGCCAUCACCGACUCGUCUGUUUGUGAAACUUCACUUCAAGGACAUAUUCAGAAGGAACGUUCACGUGAAUUUAUUCAGAUGAACCUUUGGGUGGAUGUCAGCGUCGAGAUGCAGAUGAAAGAAAUUCACUCUUCAUUUCACAAUAUAUGACAAUCACGGGAGCAGAAACUGAUGAAUAAACUGUACAUGAGCUGACUGUUUUGUAUAAUAUGUAAGAGAGAGAGAUUAUCAAUCGUCUCAUUUUAAUUUAUUUGAUUUCAACUUGACGUGAUAACUGAUAAAAUGGGGAAUAAUAUAUAACAUUUUUGACAUAUUGUUUAAAACUGUGAAACAUACCACACAUGUAAAAUAUUCCUGUUGUUUCCACAGUUUACUGUAUUUAAAUCAAACCUGUACAUUUCAAGGAAGUGGCUUUGUUGUUACAUCAAGUAAAAAUCCAUUGCAUCACACAGACUAAAGCUAAAACUAAAGCCGCAGACUUUUUUAUUUGGUUGUAGAAUGUCAUCAGUAAGGAUUUCACACUUGAGAAGAAAGCUCUUUUGUGUAAUUGUAUAAAAAUAAAACGUUUGCAUUCGUAA